UUGGAAGUGGUUGGAUAGAAGCUGCCCAAAAACCAUGGCAUACUCUAACAAAUUCAUCUAUGCCACGUUGCCCCGAACGCAACGAGGCCAACCGAUCGUGCUCGGCAGCGACCCUAAGGGCAAGAACUUCCUGUACACCAACGGCCAUUCGGUGAUCAUCCGGAACAUCGAGAAUCCGGAAAUCGCCGACAUCUACACGGAACACUCGUGCCAGGUGAACGUGGCCAAAUACUCGCCGAGUGGAUUCUACAUCGCUUCUGGUGAUCAGUCGGGGAAGAUCCGUAUCUGGGAUACGGUCAACAAGGAGCACAUUUUGAAGAAUGAGUUCCAGCCGAUCGGGGGUCCGAUCAAGGACAUCAGCUGGUCACCGGACAGCCAGAGGAUUGUAAUCGUUGGUGAGGGAAGGGAGCGGUUCGGGCAUGUGUUCAUGGCCGAUACCGGUACCUCGGUCGGGGAGAUCUCCGGUCAGUCGAAACCGAUCAACUCGUGUGAUUUUAGACCUGCUCGGCCGUUCCGGAUUAUUACCGGUAGCGAGGAUAACACCAUUGGGGUGUUCGAGGGACCCCCGUUCAAGUUCAAGAUGACCAAGCAGGAUCACACUAGGUUCGUGCAGGCGGUCCGAUACUCUCCGAGCGGCCAUUUGUUUGCCUCGGCUGGAUUCGAUGGUAAGGUGUUCUUGUAUGAUGGAACUACUUCCGAGUUGAAGGGCGAGUUCGGAUCCCCAGCUCAUGGAGGUGGUGUGUACGGUGUUGCCUGGAAACCGGAUGGAACUCAGCUGCUUACCUGUUCCGGAGACAAAACGUGUAAACUCUGGGAUGUGGAAAGCCGCACGUUGAUCAGUGAGUUCCCGAUGGGAACAACGAUCGACGAUCAGCAAGUGUCUUGCCUGUGGCAAGGAGAGCAUCUGCUUUCCGUAUCGCUGUCUGGUUUUAUCAACUACCUCGAUGUAAAUAAUCCCACCAAACCGCUGCGGGUGGUCAAGGGUCAUAACAAACCGAUUACCGCUCUUACCCUAAGUGACGAUCGCAGCACGAUCUACACUGCUAGUCACGAUGGUGCCGUGACGAACUGGAAUUCCGGUUCCGGAACGAAUGACCGGGUUGGAGGCGUCGGUCACGGCAACCAGAUUAACGAUAUCCGUGCUUCCGGAGAUUUCGUCUACACGGCCGGUAUCGAUGACUCGAUCAAGCAGAUCAGUAUCGAGGGUAACCAGUACACGGGUGUGGAUGCUAAGCUCAGCUGUCAACCGAGAGGGAUGGACAUUCUGAAGGAGGGUAACAUCACCGUGGUUGGAUGCGUGAAGGAUGUGACCGUACUGCAGGACGGGCGGAAGGUGGGAUCGAUUCCGAUCAACUUUGAAUCGAGCAGCGUCAGCAUCAACGCGGAAACGUUGGACGUCGCCGUCGGUGGAAACGACAACAAAGUGCACGUUUUCAGCCUGAACGGGACGCAGCUGAGCCCCAAGCUGGAAGUGGACCACCUGGGUCCGGUGACGGAUUGCAAGUAUUCUCCGGACAAUAAGCUGCUGGUGGCGUGCGAUGCCAACCGGAAGGUUAUCUUGUACAGCGUACCGGAGUAUAAGCCUGCCCACAAACAGGAAUGGGGCUUCCACAACGCUCGCGUCAACUGUGUGGCCUUCUCGCCCAACUCGCUGCUGGUGGCCAGCGGUUCCCUCGAUACCACCAUCAUCAUCUGGUACGUGAACAGCCCCGCCAAGCAUACCAUCAUCAAGAAUGCCCACCCUCAGUCGCAAAUCACCGGUCUGGUUUGGCUCGACAACGAGACGCUGAUCUCCACGGGACAAGACUGCAACACCAAGGUAUGGAACAUUACAGAGACUGGCGCUUAAGGGUGUGAAUCUAAAGCCAAUGCCUACUGCGACGAAAUCAUUAUGUUCAGCAAGGCGCUAGUUCUGAGUGAAAUUUAAGGUUUUAUUAGGGUCAUGGUAGCCAUGUAACUGCUGAUGAUACCAUAAUAAAACCAUACAUUUUGCUUGGGAUUGGCUUCUAAGUAGUUUUGUGUUAGAGAUUUUUUCGUUCGUUGCGUUGAUAAUGAUGGUCGUGAUUAGGGUGCAGUAGUCGACAUAGCAGUGUAGCAAUAGCGAAGGGAAAUAACGUGACAUCGAACAUCAAAAAAUAAAUGCUGCUGUUGAUGUUGAUGCAAGGAUGACAUACAAAAGCGAAAAAAAAGUUAGCAAAGAGAGGUAAGAGAAAAAAAGGCUUCGAACGCUAUUAUUUAUUUGCAUGCAGUAAUUUAUCAAAGUGUUGAUAUCGCUUUCAAAAGCGCUGAAAGCGAUAUACCAAUUACAACAACUUUGUGUGUAGUACGAAAUAGCCGAAGAAAUCGUUGAGCGAGGCCUUCCCCAGUAAUGCAUUUUUAGGGUCGACAUAUUUAAUCAGGUUUUUGUUCGUUUUGAUGUGACACUGCAAUCAGUUGCUGAUGAUGAAGAUUAGAGUGAUUUCAGUUCGUUUCAUACCUCCAUUGCACGUCCAACUACCAGCCGUUGUCGUUGUUGUGAGAUUUUCCACAGACGGAGCUGGUUUUGUUACUCACAAUCUUGGCUUUCGGAAAAUUGUGACAUUUGUACUAACCCACAAAGCACUCUCUCAAAGGCAUUUGAUAUCGUACUUUCUUUCUGUUUCAACUAGUUUUUGGAUGGCUUUUUAUAAGUGUAAUUGAAUGGAGGGGAAACCGACCGAUUUUGAUCGUGUUCCUUGUCUGUGUGACACAUUGUAUCGAAACGAAUUAUACAUAUUUAUAAGAUAAAUACAAAACAUUGAAACAAUACCAACUGCA